AUGCGUUGGGACGCCGCCUAUCGAACUACAUAUGACUCUCGUUCCGAGGUUUCACAAAGAACGUCCCGUGCCUUGAAUCCGAAACCGCCGGUCACAGCCCCGACAAGUGGAUCACAAUCUCGAGACCCCGGGAUAACGCCAAGUAAAGUUCUGAGUACACAGCUCAGUGCUGGGGCUUUUGUUCCCAUCAAUACUGAAGCCAACUCCUCUACGCCUCCUAUCGGCCAGCUCCAAGCGACAAAGCCUCAGGUUUCCCAAGUUCCAACUCCCGAUAUUCCACCUGCAAAUACGAAGAUUUUUAGGAGAUCACACUUAGGAACACUCUACAGAUCAGACUCGGCGACAGUCUACUUAAUACGCGAGCCAUUCUUGGUUAGAUCCCCAGUCAAACCACUAGUCAAACCUCCCGUCAAACCCCCGACCAAACCUCUAUUUCCAUGCAGCAUUCAAAUGCAAACGGGAGAGCCACGAUUUGGCCAGCCGCCGCAUGAGGUCCCCCCAUACUUUCUGAAACGCCUGCGAGAAUUGACGGGAAGCCGAGAUGAGAACCCCCUUAUAUCUAAAUUUCUUAUAAAAGGCCGUUACCUCUGCCCUUGGUGCCAAAGAAAAUAUCAUCGCACCGUCAGUUUUACGGAUCAUCUGGUCUUAAAUCAUAUCAGGUCCCCCGAUCCGAAGGUUGUAUCACGAUCCGAGCUUGACUCUAGCGUCGAUAGCGAUAUAAUCGACUUGACUUCCGAAUCAUAG